AUGCAAGCCCAUUUUUAAGAGAAGGAAGCUCUUGCUGAUAUCUUUGGUCAUAUAAACAAUGUAGAUGAGCAAAUUUUUGGUGUCAUAUUAGAAAAAAUAAGAAAGGAAAAAGUUUAAGACAUCAUUGGAUAUCUUUCAGAUAACGGGACUCAAAGCCAAUUAGAAUCAUGUAUCUUACAAAAAGGAGAGAAUAUCACCCAGGCUGAUAACGUAUAGAAAUUGCCUGUUGUUAGAAAUGAAAUCAAAUAAAUCACAGAAGUCUUAAGAAAAUUAAAAGACCAUGACUUCAAUUACAAAGACUUUUCCUCUAAAGAAAAUGAAGAAUCAACACUAAGUUUAAUGAAUAAUAUCAAGGAUAAUAGAAGGAUAAUUGAAUUUCUGUAAUUUUUAGUUCACCUCACAUCUAUAGAUAAAACUUUGAUAUAAUGCGGAUCUAAUUCCUUAUAUAUAUUAGUUUAGAUGAAGGUGGACCUUAGAAACAAAAAUUUGGAAAA